UCUUUUGUUUUAGUAAAUUUAUAGGUUGUCAACUUCACUGAGUCUUCCUCUUGUGACCAACAUGUGUAUUAAUUUAUGAGUUUCUUUUGCUGAGACCAAGUUUUUUUAAACCAAGUUGCCCUGUCAUUGAAGAAAUCCAAGCCUAACAAAAGACUUAAUAGCCCUGAAACUUGACACAGAGGUUGAAGGAAGAAAGCCAUAAAGACCAAAACAAGCUUAUAGCCAAUCGAACGCUUGAGAUCUUCCAUUUUACUUCUUCUAACUUCUCUGCAUAUAUGUUAUAUAUUGUUUUUUUCACUAAAGUUAUGCAUUCUGAUCAGAAUAUUGCCUUGAGAACCCUUUUUGUGUGCUCAUUAUUAUUCUCCUUCGUGAGAACCUCCACUACAAAUACACUAGACACUAUCUCUCCAAAUCAAUAUAUUAGAGGUGAUCAAACUCUAGUUUCAGCAGGUGGAACCUUUCAACUAGGAUUCUUCAGCCCUGGUAAAUUGACAAGCCGAUACCUGGGGAUAUGGUACACUAUUUCUAAUGAGAUAGUAGUAUGGGUAGCCAACAGAGAAACACCACUUGAUGAUUCUUCAGGAGUUUUAAAGGUCACUGAUCAAGGAGUUCUAGUCCUUCUCAAUAGCUCAAACGGCGUUGUAUGGUCAUCCAACUCAUCAAGAACUGUAGAUAAUCCAGUAUCACAACUAUUGGAUUCGGGAAAUCUUGUUGUGAAAAAUGCAAACGAAACUAACCCUGAUAACUUCCUGUGGCAGAGUUUUGAUUAUCCUUGUGACACAUUCCUACCAGAAAUGAAGCUUGGAUGGGACUUCGUUACUGGUUUAGAAAGGUAUGUUUCGUCUUGGAAGAGCACAGAAGAUCCUGCUCGAGGAGAGUUUUCACUACGGAUGACUCCUUAUGGUUUACCACAACUUGUUGUUAUGAAGGGAGCUAAGAUAAAAACUCGAUCAGGUUCAUCGAACGGCCUUCGAUUAACAGGAUCUAUCAGUCGACCAAACCCACUAUCUGAGUUUGAAUUUUUCUUGAACAAGGAUGAGGUUUAUUAUGAGUACAGACUCCUAAACAAGUCUAUGCUCUCGCGAUAUGCAUUGAACCCAUUUGGCAUUGCACAGUGGUUCACAUGGAUUGAAAACACACAUAGUUGGGAACCAUUCUUUUCAACCCAACAAGACCAGUGUGAAAUUUAUGCCUUCUGUGGUUCAUAUUCUAGCUGCAACAUCAGUAAUGCUCCUGUAUGUACAUGCUUGAAGGGAUUUAUACCAAAAUCGCCAGAACAAUGGAAUUCACAGAAUUGGUCUGAUGGGUGUGUUCGAAAUACUCCAUUAUCUUGCAGCUAUAAUGAUGGCUUCUUUAAAUACACUAGCUUUAAAUUGCCGGACACAUCUUCCUCAUGGUUUGAUAAGAGCAAGAGCCUCAAGGAAUGCAAGGGAUUAUGUUUGGAAAACUGCUCAUGUACGUCAUAUGCAAAUUUAGAUAUCAGGGAUGGAGGAAGUGGCUGCUUGCUUUGGUUUGGAGACCUCACUGACAUAAGAACCUUCCAAUCUGAUUCUCAAGACCUCUAUAUACGGCUGGCUUCUUCAGAACUAGAUGAUAUUGAGAAAAAGAGCAAGUUCAACAAGAAAAGGCUAGCUGGAAUUGUAAUCAGCUCUGUACUUUUUCUGGUGGGAAUGCUAAUAGUGGGGUUUAUCUUGUAUAUACGAAAGAAGAAACUCAGAAAUCAAGUAGUCAGAAGAAAGGAUUACCUUGGAGAAGACCGGGAAGACAUGGAGUUGCCACUAUUUGACUUGAACACAAUAGUUCAUGCCACCAAUGGAUUUUCAAGCAGAAACAAACUGGGAGAAGGCGGUUUUGGACCCGUAUACCAGGGUACAUUGAUAGGCGGGAAAGAAAUUGCAGUUAAGAGGCUCUCAAAGGAUUCUGGACAAGGAACGAUGGAGUUCAAAAAUGAAGUUAUACUGAUAGCCAAACUACAGCACCGCAAUCUUGUAAAGGUUCUUGGUUGUUGCACUCAAGAUGACGAAAAAAUCUUAAUAUAUGAAUUCAUGGCCAACAGAAGCUUGGAUUUCUUUAUUUUUGACCAGGAAAGAGCUAAAUUGCUCGACUGGCCUAUGUACUUUCACAUUAUUAAUGGAAUUGCUCGAGGACUUCUUUAUCUUCACCAAGACUCUAGAUUAAGGAUUAUCCAUAGAGAUCUGAAAGCUAGCAAUAUUUUGCUUGAUGAUAAUAUGAACCCAAAGAUUUCUGACUUUGGCCUGGCCAAAAUAUUUGGUGGCGAUCAAAGUCAAGCCAAUACUAAUAGAGUGGUUGGAACAUAUGGCUAUAUGCCUCCUGAAUAUGCAGUAGAUGGAAUUUUCUCGACGAAAUCAGAUGUAUUUAGCUUUGGUGUUGUACUGCUAGAGAUACUGAGUAGGCAGAGGAACAGGGGAUUUUGGCAUCCAGAUCACCAUCUUAACCUUCUUGGACAUGCUUGGACACUGUGGAUCCAAAAUACACCACUGGAACUGAUCGAUAAGUCGCUAAGCGAUUCGUGCACCAUAUCUGAAGUGUUACGGUGUCUUCAUGUGGCUCUGUUAUGCGUGCAACAAGUACCUGAAGAUAGACCCAGCAUGUCAUCUGUGGUUCUAAUGCUGAGCAGUGAGGUUGCAUUGCUUCCACCAAAGCAGCCUGGUUUUUACACCGAACGAACUCUCCCUGAUGAUCUGUCAAGGGCGCGUGAUUUGUCAGAAAAUAAUUUCAGCACUACAUUGUUAAAGGGUCGGUAGAUGAUCAUCAAACUUUCUGAUGCAUGUUAAUGCUCCUGUCACCAAAAUGGGUUCGCCGUGUAAGCUUGAUUUGAACCUUGUAGGCAUAGCUGGGAAACAAUGACUCAAGAUUUUCAUAUUAUGCAACACACAUGUUUUUGAGUUA